CUUUUUUCGAAAAUUCACCCCUAUAAAGUCUCCUCUUUCUUCUUCCUUUCUCCCAUUACGUUAUCGUCUCUUCCGUUUUGCCCUACACUAUCCAUUUCUCUCCUCUUCGUUUCACCUAUAAUCCCACCGAUUAUUCUUCCGUUUCUAUCAUAGAACUCAUCAAAUCCUUGGAAUUUUCUUCUCGUUUAGUAGUUUUGUUUGUUAAUCUUUCAUCUUCAAUUUGUGCAGUACCCGAAACCCUAAUUUUCUGUUGCCUUACCUUCGAAUCUGUCGCAAAUCUUUGAUCUAUUAAUCGAGAAAUUUGCAUCAGUUUCUUUUUUUGUUUUUGUUGUUGAAAAUUUUGUUGGCGAUUUAUUGAUUUAUAUAUUUUUUUUCUUUUACUCUUCGUCGGACUUUGGGCGUUGUCUGGUUUCUGUUCGCUGCCCGGAGAUUUGGUUUCGCCAAUAAAAUUCUUGUGCUUCGAGGAAUUUUUGAAAUCCGACCUUUGAUUUUACGAUUUCAUUGUUUUUGGUUGAUCUGUUUUUUCUUAAUCUGAAAAUGGUCGGUGGUGGAAGCAGGAGGGACGAGGGUUCUUUGGUUAUCAACAACACCAAUGUUUUUGCAGCCCUUGAGACUCUUAGGAAGAAGAAGAAGUCUGACAAGGAACGCAAGAAUAAAGGGUCAUCUAAGUCUCAGUCGUCCCAGCCUAAGGAACCUGAACCUCAAGUUUUUUGGGCACCAGCUCCAUUAACUUCAAAAUCAUGGGCUGAUGUCGAUGAUGAAGAUGAUGACGAUUACUAUGCCACCACUGCUCCGCCCCAGGCUGUGUGGGGCUCCUCAGAGGCUCAUGAGAGCAAGGAGAGGCCGAGCAAUGCAGAGGAGAGUGAGAGUGAUGAUGACAUUCUCGAUGAAGUUGAUUAUGAGCUUGAGGAUGAACACGAACACGAGCAUGAGCAUGAGCAUGAGCAUGAACCAGAGGUUCCUGUGCAUCCUGAGCCAUCUGUGAAGAAGGUUCCUGAAGCCUCUGUGGCACCAAAGGAGGCUGAGAGGCAACUUUCCAAGAAGGAAAGGAAGAAGAAGGAACUUGCUGAACUUGAUGCACUUCUGGCUGAUUUUGGAGUAAGCCAGAAAGACAGCAACAGUCAAGACGAGUCUCGUGAUGUGCAAGAAAAGAGAGAUGGAGAAUCCAAUGGGGAUGGGGAGAAGAAGGAAAAUGCCCCUUCAGAGUCCAAAAGUGCCAAGAAGAAGAAGAAGAAGGAAAAGAAGGAGAUCAAAGAUCAGGAUCAGAAAAACAAUUCUGAUGUUAACACUGGGCCAGAUGAACUUACUGGAAAUGGUGAUGUGGAGGAAGAUACAUCAGCAGUUGAUGUGAAGGAGCGGCUUAAGAAGGUGACGUCUAUGAAGAAGAAGAAAUCUAACAAAGAGAUGGACUCAGCUGCCAAAGCUGCCGCCGUUGAGGCUGCAGCGAGGAGUGCAAGACUUGCAGCUGCAAAAAAGAAAGAUAAGAACCAUUACAACCAACAGCCUGUGCGGUAAAAAGUGUCCUUGUUUUUUCUUCUUUCCGUCUAUAACUGGACAUAUGUUUCUCAUUGUUUGUAUAACAAUGCAGAAUAAUCUCUCUGGGCUCUCAAAUCUUGUUUUGUGGACAGUGACAUUAGUUGUAUUAAAAUGGAUUCGGGCAAUUUUCACCUUUUUCUUUUCUGGA